CAGGAGUCGUGUCCCGCAACGAAAGAAGAAGAAUUGUAAACAUUGGCACCUUUUUUUUUGUUUUUGUUUACGCGAGCUGUCAUUAAUUUUCUGGACGAGCUUCCUCUGAGAUGAACGACUUCAAAACACAGCUCAAUGGACUUCUAGCAACUUUGCAGACACUGCCAGAUGUUGAGCAGCAGACAGCACUUGCCCUCAUACAGUCUUCACUUGAUGGCCAGCUGAAAAUUGUAAAGCAUGAGCAUUAUGAAAAUGCUUUACCUCAAGAUAAUUCAUCUAACAAUGAAAAUGCUUGUCAUUCAGCUUUGCAAUCCACAAAUGACCCUCCAACAGAGGUUAUUCACAGUGAAGGUGGAGGUCCCCAGCAAGACUUUCUAGAAAUUGCCAAAAGUCCCAAAUUACCCCAUCAUGAACAAAGGGUCAAAGAAGCAAGACCAGAAAUAAUUUUGCAGUUGCCUGCUAUAGGUGCGCUUAGUCAGGAUUCAGGUUUCUCAGAAAAAAUCAAAGUCAGUGCUUCUCUGCAACAUAAUUUUUCAGAAAUAGAACCCAGCACUUCAGAUUUCACUCAGACUACUGAAUCUUUAGAAAAAUCCCAAGACCUGUUAGGAAGUACUGAUCAACUUCCUCACACACAGCAAUGUUUGCCAUACUCUGAAGUUUUCCAGGGUGGCAAUGAGGCUGUAAUUGAUCCUGGAGGACUUGAGGACCCACAGCAGCUAGCAGUAAGUCUUAUUUCCACCAGAGAUGCUGAAGAGCUUGCCCUUGUUGCUACAGAAGAGCUUGAGAAAACAUACCAAGACUCAUUCGAUGCAUAUCAUCUGAAAAAUAGUAUUGAUCCAAAAAAGAACACAUAUAUCAUGGUACCACUUUUAGAUAAGGUGAAAUUUGUCAAGGUUGAUGUUGAUUUGGAAGAUGUUGAGGCUGCUAGUAGCAUAUGUCUUGGGGACCCUUGUGACAAAGUGCUGUCUCCCAGUAAAGAGACUUCUUUACCUUGUUCUCUAGAAAACAUUUUCAGAGAUGCAAAUAGAGAUGGUAAUGAAGAUUGUGAAGGCAACGUAGAGUCGGAAAAGAAGCCAAUAGAUUUAAGCACUUUUGCUGCUCCCAAAGACAUCUCCAAGACUAAUAAGGAAGAAUUUUAUGGUGAAUCUGUAGAUAUGCCAUGCAGUACAUCAAGUGAGGGGAAAGAAUUUGAUGAUAUAACAAGUCAAGAUGUUAGUAGAGCACCAGCAGCAGGGGUCAGAAAGAAGAGAAAAAGAAGUGAAUGCAAGUCUGUGCAAGGGAGACAUUCACCCAAGAAAUUGAAAUCCAAAAGUACCACUGAUAGUAGAAGCGUUGAGAACACUGAUGAGUUAAGUCAAGAGAACACAAGCCAAACUUUAGUUUUUGACUCUUCUGUUCAAAACACAGGUCCAUCUGGAGCUUCUAGUGAUAAUCUAGAACUUAAUGUGAGGGAAAUUGAAGGCAUAUCAGCCACGGCAAGCCAGAUAGAUUACAAGGAAUCCCAGAUAGAUGAUGAGAAUUUUGAAAAAGGCUUUGAAAACUUGUUUCCAAAGUUAGGAGAUGCUUCUCUGUCGCCAAAUUUACGCCCUGUGUCCUGCCGCAAUUGCAAGAAGGAAUUGGCUGAUGUGUCUCUGCUGUCAGUUCAUCAGAAGCAGUGUGAAGGUCACCUUACUUGUUCAUAUUGUCAAGCAAAAUUUUCUCAUAAGGUCACUUACAUCAAACAUAUGCAGGGUCACAAGAGGAACGAGUGCACUAAGUGUCCGCAGAACUUCUGCAAUCACAAGAAAUUGAAAGCACAUAUGAAAGCUGUUCACAAGAUUGAUUUGGUUUCCAAAACGUAUUCCUGCACUUACUGCACCAGGACCUUCUUGAAGCGUUCCUCUCUUUUCUAUCACUUUAAGAUCCAUGCUACUGGUACAGAGAUUGUGUGCAAUCGCUGUGGCAAGUUCUGCAAAGAUCAAGAGAGCUAUGAUGCUCACAUGGAUGAACACUCAAAGGCUUCAAAUUUCCAUUGCAACAUAUGUUCAGCAAGUUUCACAAGACAGCAGCAAUAUGAUGAUCACCAGAAGCACCAUAAGAAAAACAAGUGCGAGAUCUGUGGCCAGCCUUUCACCAACAAAAAGGCACUAGUUCGUCAUUGUCGAAUAGACCACAAGACGUUUCCCCAGAAUAUUCCUCCUGAACCCCAAUACAAGUGUGACAAAUGUGAUCGCGUCUUCAACAGGCCUUCCCUUCUUCAGCAACACCAGCAUUUACAUACAGGAAUAAAGCCCUUGGAGUGUUUGUUGUGUGAAAAGCAGUUCUUCAACAAACGAAGCCUCCGAAAGCACAUUAACACUGUGAAUCAUCAGAACUUCCUGUACAUGCAGAAUGACCACGCCUACAUAAUGCAGGACGGCUUUAAUUGUGAAGCUUGCAAUAUAAAAUUGCCAUCGAAAAAUAUGUUGUUGACCCACUCUAGAGUGUACCAUAAGGUAGGAGUUACUUGGAGUUGUCCAUAUUGUGAAUACAAAACUAAGCGCCAUUAUGCUCUUAAAACCCACAUGGAACUUCAUGCUGGUAAUCGGAAUUUUAUGUGUGAAUUAUGCGGUAGUUCUUUUCAUGCUCUUGCAACGCUUAAAGAUCAUCACAAUUUUGUUCAUUCUGAUGAACGAAAGUACAAAUGUAAGGAAUGUGAUAAAACCUUCAAAAAUAGAUCAACUUUAUCUCGCCACAACCACACACAUUCAGAUGCCAGGCCCUAUGAGUGUAAGUGUGGGUUUAGGUACAAACGAUAUUCUCACUUAAAACGUCAUAUGUCUUCUGCUCAUAAAAUUGUUCUAAAACCAAGGACCCUAAAGAAAUUUAAACGAAUAGAUGAAAUUGAGGCUAACAAAGAAAAAACCUUAAGUCAAGAGCAAGCACAAGUAACAGAAGUUUCUGAAACUCACGAGUUUGAAUUCGUGUCUGUUCCUAAUUCAUCCAUGUCUUCAGCUGUACCAAAGAUACUUAAUGAUAUUCAGCAAGCAGAUCCCUCUGUAAGCAAAGGUUCAACGAAUGUCCUUUUAGCAACUCAAGACAGCAUCAUGCUUAUGGGUGAAAACUCCAGUUCUGAGCAAGGUCACCUUAUCACAGUUGGGGAUUCUCAAAUCAUUCAGCUCAUCCCUUCCACUUUUCAGAUUCCACAGGACAGCAGUUUUCAGACAGUGUCUUUAGUACCUGCAACUGAUCUUCAUGCAUUUUCUUUGUCAUCUGCAGUUCCUUUUAAUACUGUUACAUCUAAUGGUGAAGCAGCUGUUGAGGCCUUCAACCUUACACCAAAUUCAGAAUCUGCUGUGAUAGUUUCACAAGCUACAGAUCCCCUUGAUAUCAGCCACCCUGAUGCUAUUAGAUCACUUCGCACAUUAGGAGAUGAAGGUUUGGUUGGUGUUAAUUCAAAUGAGAGAGAAAAACAAGAUAGUAAACAGGAGAUGACCAUUCAUGCUUUGGGAAAUCAUGACGAGAUAUCAAUGUCAUCAAACCUUCAUACAUUUGAUUAUGCAGAAAGUAAUCAUACUCUGCUACCUUCACUUUUACCUCAUCAUCCCAUUACCAACUCUCAUGCAUCAAAUUCACAAAUUAAUCAAGACUUGUUACAGCAAAACCUCAUAUGUUCAGACUUUGUUCUUCCAGUUGAUGGAGACAGAUAGCAUAAGAUUGCAACAGUUUGUAUUUUGAUGAGUUUCAGUCCUGUAAGCAUACACAAAGGAAGAUUUUGUCUGUACUACAUAUUCCAUUUAUUUAAGAUGUUAAAAACUGGGAAAAUCUUUUGAAGUUUUGCCAAGUAUUGCAAUCAAUUUACUCUGUUGAAUUUUUUGUGGGUUGCAAUACUUAGUUCCACAACAACACUGGGUCUAUUUCUUCACCCUGCCUAUCUGCUCAGAUGCUGUAAAAUAUUCAAAUUUAUGGAAAUUCCUAAUUCUCCAUAAGCCUGGCAUAUUGAUGUGGGAUUUGAUAUGCAUUUUGAUAUACGUAUACAUUAAAAAUUCUGAAUAUUGAAAGUUAAUACAGGUUUACCUUGCUUAGCAAAGGUUUGGCAUAGGAAAAGCUCUUGGUAUGAAGGAAAUAACUUAGUACCAUACCCACACGAAGGAAAAAAUAUCAAAGGUUCAAACUCUUGCCAUAAUGAAAAAUCAUAGGUUAUGUUCAGUACUUCAUGCAAUGGAAGUUCACCUUAAAUUGUAUUUGUGAAACUUUGAUCACCAUCAUAUUAUCUUUUUGUGCAUCCUGCUGUAUUGUCCCCAAAAGUUUGCAAAUGGCCUGGGAAGAGUAUAAGGCAGUAGCACUUAAUGUGAAAGUUUAUGUAUCAAGAUAAAUGAUACAAUGAUGGGUGUAUUAAGUCAGCAUCCACUGUGAUAACCAUCUGCAUGCAGAAUGUAAGGAUUUUGAGAGCAGGUUUUUAGUGUUAGGAUCAACUUGUGCUAAAGUAAAAUCUCAUAAACACCAUCCAAUACCAUAAUGAAAGAGAUGGAAAAUCAUCUGAAUUAACAUAUAGAUAGAUAUGAGAAGCUUGGUGUUCUUUAAGUUACUGGAACCUUAUUCUUUAUGAGAGAAAUGCUGUUUUAUUCAGCAAACUUUUCAGUGGUGUUUAAAGGAAGUUGUAGGUGGACUGAUUAUUUUGUGAAACAAAGUCAACCAGAUAGCUUUAAAUUGAGUUGGGAAGUUGCUUCUGCUGCCAGAAAGUUCACACUAAUGCCUAUCAUUAAAGUUGAAGGAGGUACCAUUUUAAAGCCCCCCCC